CUUAGCUCUAACUUAUUUUCAAUUGUGAAGAUUAGUUUUUUUAAUAGCGUUCUUAUUUCUGUUUAUGAUCAUUAGCUACUAUCUAGGGCAGUGCCUAGCCAUAUUUUUUAGGAUUUUUGAGUCAAUUUGACCGUUGCUACUGGGCCAGUUGGUUGGUAGUAUGGUUUUAGUAGGAACGAAAUUUAUACAGUAACUGUUGAAGAGGGUACCCAGCCAUAUUUCAAAUAGAUUGCUUCAUUGGCUCAACAAGCAGCUUAUCACUUUCCAGGUUUCUGGAGUAUUGCAAGGACUUCACAGCAUGAUGAGUUUUUUAUCAUAUCGUUCCCCUUGCUCAACUUCUUCGGCCUUUCAUUGCAUGCUUUUAGCCAACGAUGGCAGGAAGGCUUCUUGUAUUGUUCCUCGUCGAUUAUUAAGCUCUACUUCAGUAUCAGAUUGUCGCUUUUUCUCAACCAAAUUCAUCUCUGCUACAGUUAGAUGUCUGUCAAGGCUAUUCAAAUGUACUGUAAGGGCUGAUGGCAUUAAAACAAGUCUUCCUCCUUUGUUCAGUGUGGCUCCUAUGAUGGACUGGACUGAUAAUCAUUAUAGGACCCUUGCACGUCUCAUCUCUCAGCAUGCCUGGCUUUACACUGAAAUGAUUGUUGCGGAAACUAUUGUUUAUCAGAAGAACAACUUGGAUAGAUUUUUGGAAUUUCCCGAGACACAGCAUCCUAUAGUUCUUCAAAUUGGAGGGAGCAAUGUGGCAAACCUGGCAAAAGCAGUUGAACUUGCAAAUACUUAUGGCUAUGAUGAAAUCAAUCUGAACUGUGGCUGUCCCAGUCAAAAAGUAGCUGGUCAUGGAUGCUUUGGUGCCCAACUCAUGCUUAAUCCUAAGCUAGUAGGAGAAGCAAUGGCAGCAAUUUCUGCGAAUUCUGAUGUUCCUGUUAGUGUAAAAUGUCGCAUUGGAGUUGAUGAUCAUGAUACAUAUGACAAACUUUGUGCAUUCAUUGAUACUGUUUCAUCUCUUUCACCAACUAGACAUUUUAUCAUACAUGCUCGCAAAGCUUUGUUGAAGGGCCUUUCUCCAGAUGAGAAUCGGACCAUUCCUCCUCUCAAGUAUGAAUAUGUCUUUGGUCUGAUACGUGAUUUUCCUCAUUUGCACUUCACUCUAAAUGGAGGCAUUACCCAAAUUCCCCAGGUGAAGUCAGCAUUGUGGAAGGGAGUAUAUGGAGUGAUGAUAGGGCGUGCUGCAUACAACACCCCAUGGGCUACCUUAGGGCAUGUUGAUACUGCAGUAUAUGGUGUUCCAAGCAGAGGACUUUCUCGCAGACAGAUUUUACAGGAAUAUCAGAAAUAUGCAGAUUCAGUCAUUGGAAAAUAUGGAAUCAAUAAGCCUAGUAUUAGGAAUGUAGUCAAGCCUUUACUCAAUCUGUUUCAUUCAGAGCCUGGGGCUCGAGUUUGGAAACGCAAAGUAGAUGAAGCACUUCGCCAUUGUCAAAAUGUCCAUUCACUUCUGGAGGAAUCAAUUGAAGUAAUUCCCGAUUUUGUUCUGGAUGCUUCUCCACCUAUCCAGAUUUAUGAUGAUGAAUCAUUUUCCCAAAUAGAAAUGUCAUUGCCUGAGAUUUGGGCAGCAACCUCAUCAUGUCUAGAAGUUGAAGAUAUCCAUUCCUACAGAAAAGUGAUACAGAAUGUCUAGUAGUUCUCACAUACUAAAUGCUAUAGACAAAUAUCAGCUAGGAAUGUGUUUUGUACCUUAUCUCUGUACAGGAAAUUCAAGUAUGAAAGACAAGCAUCACUACUAAAUCUGUGCCUUUCAAAAGCAAAAAGCAGGAGAAGUGUUCACAUUGAAAAUAUUAACCAAUGAAUGCAGAUAUGAGCAGUAAGUUUCCGAAUAUCAACAUAUCUUCAUGAACCAAGAAAUAAAUUGGCAUGUGAUUGCCUUUGUGUUGUUAAGCGACUAGAAGUAGAAAACUUCAAUAUCAGAAAACACAUCAACACAAUCAUUCAAAUUUGCAAAGAUUGUUCGACGCAUGCUUCCAAUGGAAGUAAAAGUGAUCUCCAGGUCAAGCUUACAGAAUAUUCAAAGAACAAGACCCCAUAAUUAUCAAGUGAAGGAAAUGCCAAUAUCAUCGUAUGGGAUUUUAUCGACCAGUUUAAUGUAAUAUAUAAAUGAAGUUGGACUCUUUCUUCAUUCAUUCUCACUCAAAUGAAAUGAGCAUAUGUUGGUCCAAACCUGACUAGUGUAAACCAACAAGGAUUUUCAAAAAUCAACAUUUUACUUCCAAAUGUUGGUCUAUAAAGAUACCUUCCUUUGUUGCUAAA